AUGACCUUCUCGACUACUUCCCAUGGCAGCUCUGCGCAGGCGCAUCUGCCUAAUAAAGUCCAUCUCGAACAAGCCGCGAUUGAGUCCAGAGAGAUGGGCGGUGUCGUUCCAGAGAAAGAUGAGAAGCCCGCGGCGAAGCCUCUGGCCCAUUUUGUUGCUGGAGGCGUUGGUGGAAUGACCGCUGCUACGUUGACAAGCCCCCUUGACGUUCUUAAAACUCGACUUCAGUCCGACUUUUAUCAGACUCAGCUGCAAGCUCUACGUGCUUCACAUCCCGUCCGCCCAGCUCCGUUUUUCAUCGCCCUCCCACGCAGCGCCCUCGUACAUUUUAAGGAAACCUUCCAAAUCCUCCAUUCUAUAUAUUCGCACGAGGGCCCUCGUGCUUUAUUCAAAGGUCUUGGUCCCAAUUUAAUUGGUGUCGUACCAGCCCGUGCCAUCAACUUCUAUGUCUACGGUAAUGGCAAGCGCAUCCUCAGCAAUUACUUUGGCUAUCACGAUUCGAUGACGACGCCAUGGAAUAUCCACCUUGGGGCAGCGGCUAUUGCUGGUAUAGCUACGGGAACCGCAACAAAUCCCAUCUGGCUUAUCAAAACUCGACUGCAACUAGACAAGUCGAAUGCUGAAAGUGGCAAAGGAGGCCGACAAUAUAAGAACAGCUGGGAUUGUAUCAAACAGACUGUUAGGCACGAGGGAAUCCGUGGUUUAUACAAGGGACUAUCUGCCUCAUACCUCGGUGUGGCAGAGAGUGCGACGCAGUGGGUCUUAUAUGAGCAGAUGAAAUUGUAUCUAGCUCGGCGACAGGCCGCGAAGCUGGCCGACCCGCACCAUGUCCAUAGUGUCUGGGACGAUGUGGAACUUUGGGGUGGUCGUGUCACAGCAGCUGGCGCGGCGAAGUUGUUUGCUGCAGUUGCUACAUAUCCUCAUGAGGUAGUGCGAACACGGCUACGACAGGCACCUGUUGUUCCGGUAGGAGGCGGUAAGGUGCAGGUGAAGUAUACCGGUCUUGUUCAGUGCUUCAAGGUUGUCGCCAAGGAAGAAGGGUUGGCCGGUCUGUAUGGUGGUUUGACACCGCACUUGUUGCGUGUCGUUCCGUCAGCAGCCAUCAUGUUUGGAAUGUACGAGGUUAUUCUUCGUCUUUUCGGAACAACUUCCUAG